AAUACGUAGCCCCAUAAAUGAAUUUUGGAGCUCUAGUAUUAUGAGCCGUUGAGUGGUUCUCUCGCGACUUCGUCGUCCGCUGGAAUAGCGAAGAGGGUUGUCGGAUUUGUAAGUGCCAGAUAGUCAACUGCUCUGUUUACAGGUCUUUCUUCCGAAAAGUAUUCAUCAGAAAUCACAGCACCAUAACUCCAACUGACAAAACAUUGGAGUUGCCAAGAUGAGCACCACAGCGCCCCAAACUAGCAAGGAGAUGAUUCUUCUCCCUCAAGACCUUCGAGGUCAAAAUGCCCUGGUAACAGGUGCUUCUCGCGGUAUUGGCCGCGCCAUAGCAAUCCACCUUGCCAGUCGCGGAGCAAACAUUCUUGGUACCUGUGCAUCGACUGAAUCACUUAAUCUAAUCGAAUCUCUCGAAGAGGCGGUUCAACAGGGCUACCAAUCGAGCCAGUUCGACGCUCCAAAGAUCACGGGAUUAGUUGCAAACCUUCUUUCGCCAGACCUGGCUGAAACGAUUGCCAACAAAGUACAGAACGAGUUCGACGGCAAACUUAACAUUAUUGUCAACAAUGCAACCCACUUUGAGGCACGGUCCGUCCGUGAGCUUGAUGCUGAAUUCAUCCAGAGGGUCUUGUUGGGCAAUGUGCAGUCUUUGGUUCUGACAAUGGACGUGCUUCUAAGACGAGACUACAUCCAGCCGGAAUCUCGAGUUGUCAAUAUCUCAAGCGAUUGGGCCCGUACUGCAGCAGCAUCUUAUGCCAUGUUGUACGCAUCGACCAAAUCAGCAAUGGAAUCCCUGACCCGAUCUUGGGCAGAUAUUCUGAGCCAGGACACAAAGACGCUGGGAACUACAGUGAACUCCCUCUCAGUGGGUGGUACGGCGACGGAUGCGCUCACUGGGAGUGCAUCGCCGGAUAUGCGCGAAGCCGCAUUGAGGGUUCUGAGCGAGGGGAAAUCAAUUCACAAUGGAGUCGGACUUCCAGAUGAUGUUGCCAAAGUUGUGGGUCUGGUUGUGAGCGAGGCGGCGCGCUGGAUCAAUGGAAGUGUCAUUGCUGCUAAUGGUGGCUCAGUCAAGAUUUUGUAAAGACUGAAGGCCAUUAAGCUGUUUAUUAAAUGGAUGGGCAGCAUUACAAAGAAGCUAUACUUGUAGGCAAAUAUAGACGCUUAGAAAAUUGGUCCGACACUUUCCCUCUAAUAUGAAUUGACACGAAGCUUGGCAUCGAUAUCAGCACUGGCAGGAAUGUCGAGUACCUUGAGCUGAAUAUCAAAAA